CCAUUUUGCAAAUGUGGUCGACUGAGCGCCACUAGCUCGGUGGAUUUUAGCGUAUUUUUUUAAAGGGUCUGAAGAGAUAACAGGAAUGGAACCACAGUGCAAACGCAGAAAAACUGAAAAAAGUGACCCGUUUCUUUGGGAAGUUUUACCAGUGCUUUCAGAAGAGCUGUCUCAAGGUAUUGAGUUUCUACAAGCCUACGCAGCCCCUAUUAUCAAUAAGAAGGACACAUCUCACCUUGUUAAGCAGCUGGCAGCUAUUUAUCCAUUAGAAGGACUUCAACACAUCAAGAGGGUGCGGGCAUGCAGGGAUAAACAUAGUCCACAUCCUUUAGAAAUUAUAGUAUGUUUAGCAAGUGACUUAAAUAGCAAAGUAGAAGGUGGCACUGUUCCAUCCAUCACUGCUUUAUUUCAUAAUAGCAAAAGUGUCUGCAGUGGUCUCGGUGAACCUUUCUUGGUGAAGAUUCCUGCCUUUCCUCCAUUAACUAGGCUGCAGUUUGAGGAAGCCAGUAGACAUUGGCCCACAUCCUUCCAUGAGGAUAAGCAGGUUACAGUGGCCCUGAAAGGAGAAUUGUUUUCUAAAGAUGAAAAAGCCAAGAUGCAGACAUACAUGGAGCAGGCAAUCGCAGCAGCUAAAGCAGGGAAAGAAGGUGGUAUGGCAAGCGUAGGUGCACUGGUUGUUCACCCGGACACUGACACAGUCCUUGCUGUGGCCCAUGACUGCAGAAACAGCCCAAACCCCUUACUCCAUGCUGUUAUGGUUUGCAUUGACCUCAUAGCCCAUAGCCAAGGAGGAGGUGCUUAUAAUUACAAAAAAUACCCAGCAUGUUAUUUUGUGCCAACUGAUGCUUCACAUUACCUAGCUAAUGAUAACUCUCUGCCUUCUGUAGACCUUAGUAGUUUAGAACAAGCACCUGAGAGUGGCUUGCCAUAUAUUUGCACUGGUUAUGAUUUGUAUGUAACAAGAGAACCAUGUGUUAUGUGUGCAAUGGCACUAGUUCACUCCAGAAUACGCAGAGUCUUCUUUGGAGUAAUGUCGUCUGAUGGAGCUUUGGGAACCAAAUACAAAAUCCACACCAAAAAAGAUCUGAAUCAUCGUUUUGAAGUGUUUAAAGGGGUUAUGGAACAGGAUUGUCAAAAGCUCUCACAAUUGUAACUGUAAAAUGGUUUCGUGCACAGUGGUGGGCUAACUGAAAACAAUACCUUGUCGCAAAAAAUGUUUUGUGCAGGUUUUAAAAUGUAUUUUUUUAUGUACAUCUUAGUUGUAACUUUUUUAUUCAAUAGCUUUCAGUUUGAUGCAUAAUGUGAUGGACCAAUACCAUGCUG